CCAUCGAUGUGACCUUUUCAGAUGUCGAUUGAUAUUUCGUACUACAGGAUGAGUACUAAUAUGAUCUGCAUGCACAGCUGAAAAUGAUACACAUGACAGGAAGAGAAAGUGUGAAGCACUCUACCCAAUUUUCCGCAUUUCAAGAAGCCAUUACAUUUAUGAUCUUUUCUAUAGAAGAAGGAAGGAUAUAUCAAAUGAGCUGUAUGUGUUUUGCCUGGACCAGGGUUAUGCAGACCGUAAUCUGAUUGUAAAGUGGAAAAGGUCAGUUGCCUCAACUUUAUAUCAUUUAAGCUAGGGACCAAGAUGGAUGAGGUUGAUUUGGCUUGAUCAUGCCAAAUAAAUUUACCUCCUUUUUGGAAACUGAAAGCAUGUUUCGUAAGUUCAGGGUUAAGUUUCCAAAUCUGAGCUUUAUAGCAAUUCAAAGAGGAUCAAGAGAAGCAGAGUAGGAUAAUAAAGGUUCACAUAGAUGUAGUAAUCUGUCACUAUCAGCUAGCUCAAGUAUGUAUGACUGUACGAUAAUACAGGUUCACAUAUAUGUAGUAAUCUGUCACUGUCACCUAGCUCUAAUUGAAAUUUUCUUGGAGCAGUUUCAUUUGCAAAUAGACCAGCUACACGGGCACACACACACACACACACACACACACACCCUAAUUGAGAUAUCAUAUUACUUACAUGAUGUGGGUUAUUCAGGUUAUUAUGAUAAAUUAUUUGACUGAUCAUUGUAAGCUGUCAAAUCCAGUGGGUAAACAGAUGGCUAGGCUGCCUUUAGAUCCAAUGUACUCCAAGGCAUUGAUAGUGUCUACCGAAUUCAAGUGCUUGGAAGGAAUGUUGAUUGAUGUUAGUAGCUACAGUUAUCUGCAAUGUGACGACGUACAGGAGCAAUAAGAAGGAUCUCAUGACUUAUCGGCUACCGAGCAGAACCACAUAUAGCCGUGUCUCCUUUGCUGCAUCAAGGAUAGAAACCUUGAUAAAGGAAAAGCUUGUCAUCCUUGAAUGUCUUGUCACCAUACUCCCUGACAUGAGAACCGAUAUUGGAGUCAUUUGGGGGUGCCGUUCUUGCUUUAACCACCUCGUUCCUGCUUUCGCCCAGCCUCAAGGGUGCAAUCAAUCAAAGAGAUGUUGAUAUUCUUUUCAUGUGGAAGAAGCAUGAGCAGUUAAAUGUUGGAUCAGAGGAGAAGCAGAGGGCUCUCAGGGAGGUCAAAGAAACUGUGUUACACAGGAAGCAUCUCGACAGCAGUAUCGAUUUCAUCGGGAAGCUUGUCUUUGGAUUUGAGGGGCCUUCGGUGCUUGAGGCUACUAAAGGCCCUGGCCAGCCAUUAGUAGACUAUUGGGAUUGUCUGAAGACGAUGGUGCGAGUUUUCGAGUCCCAGUGCGGAUCACUCACUCAGUAUGGCACGAAACACAUGAGGGCGUUCACAAACAUCUGCAACAGUGGCGUCUCUGAGACCGAGAUGAAGGAGGCAAGCAUCAGCGCUUGCGACAGCUACAACAUGGGUAAGUGGAGCCCGCUGGUUCUAGGGCACAGCGCCUGGUCGGCUGCACUACAGUAGUACAUGCAUGGGAGCAGUACCAAAUGCUCCAGAGGUUCGUAGCUAGACCUCAUAUAUGGUGUGUGUGUGUACAUAUAUACAUUGUUUUAAACAUGCAAGAAACAAGCCGACGAUGCGCCCCAUGUGGUGUCGGGUCAAUCAGUAGUUUAUGAUCGUGCUCGUGAUUUGACUGUAGUCAGUUGAAAGGCAAUGAUUGUUGUGCAUGCUAUGCAUAUGAUUCGUAUUUGUGGAUUUUGACAUCAAUAGUUUAUCUAGAAGAAAUAUUGUAAUCUCGUA